AUGGCAGGACUCAGGAUGGGCUGGGGCAGCGCGCUUCUCGUCCUCGCGCUGCUCCUUGUCGUGCUCCCCGGCAAGGCGGCGGCGUUUGGCGCGGGCAACAUCCCGUCCAUCGCCCAGGUCGAGGGCACCAACUGGCGGCAUGGAGACGUCGAGGACAUGCUCAAGACGGUCGCCUUCCUGCACGGCAAGAAGUGGACAUCCAUGAUGGUGCGCCGUGUCUACUUUGGCAACUGGCUGCGGGACUACUCGCAGGCCGUCGAUGUCGGCAGUCUGAAGGGCAUCAACGCGGCCACCAUCAGGAUUAUCGUCUGGGUCCUCUCCUUCAUGGCCAAUGGCUACGCCACCGAGGAGUUCGAGGUCACAGAGGAGCGCCUGGGCGUCUACCGGCCCGAGGAGCACAUCGACAACCCGCUUGGCUACGCCGACAACCAGGAUGCGCGCAAGUUCGACCCGCGCCUGCGGGGUCCCGUAGAUCCCCGCGAGCUCGAGAUCGACCCGCGCACCGGCAUGAAGAACUACAUCGCCAACGAGUCCGGCGGCUGGGCCACCAGCGCCGGCUACCUGCGCUUCAGCUUCGCUCGCAGCAUCCAUUUCGGCCGCGUCUACACGAGCGGCGCCGCUGGCACCUCCGGCAAGGAGGCCGACCUCUGCGAAGCGCUCCGGUGCCUGGGCCAGGCCCUCCACUGCAUGGAGGACUUCCCCGCCCACAGCAACUACUGCGAGCUAGCCCUGAUCGAGCUGGGCUACCACAAUGUGUUCCCUCACUGCGGCACUGCCACCCAAAUUCAACUGAACGGCAGGACCGUAUAUCCUCUCGUCACCGGAACAUUCGGAGGCGUUGACUUUUUGCAUUCAGUCAUUGGCGAGGCCACCGAUCAUUUCACUCAAUCCGAGGUCGACGAGAUCGACGUCGCCCUCUUGAAUGCCGAGCUAGCCAAUAAAGCUAGCGACGGCCAGCGAGGCUUCCUUGGCUCGGGGUCCGGGUCGGGCGGCGGCGACUUUAUCUCCCUCGUCUCCCAACUCCCCGGCGUCGGCGACGCCUUUGCGGCCCAGGCCAGAAACCUUAUGGCUAUGUCUGCUGCCCAAGAGCAGGAAAACAUGCGCGCCUCCAAUGCCGGCCCCGGUGCCCCCAGUGCUGCCAACCCCAAUGUGAUUCCUGGCAUGAGCCCGAACUUCGACCCCGUCAAGGUCGCAAAGCAGAUCUAUCCCAUCCUGGAAUUCCGCGAUAAGAUUGUCCGGGCCAUCAGCGGCAUGAUCUCCAAGAUCCCGGGCUUGGAGAAGCUGCUGGAGCACAUCAGCGAGACGCUCACCGCGUUCGUCCUCGGCCUGUUGGCCCCUUUCGUGCGGCCCAUCAUCAACCAGGUGUCCAAGGUGCUCAAGGAUGGCUCCUCGGGCCUGAUCGCCUCCAGCGCCAAACAGCAGCUCGAGCCGUGGACCAACCCGCGGUGCGACAACCCGACCCACUCGAUGCUCUCCAAGGACCAUUUCACCAACGUCCUCAACUCGUGCGCUGGCCGCGUGGCCGCCACCAUCCUUCAAUAUGUCGUCCCCCGCGUCGUCUACGCCUGGGAGAACCCCGGCGUCCCCGUCGACGAAGUCGUCAACGACGUCCUGCGGGCCUUCCACCAUCCGGCCGCGCGCAACGAGCACAUCGAGAUCCAGCGCAACAUGUUCGAGACGGUCCGCCGGUGGGCGCAGGAGACGCCCUACCGCGACCAGCUCAACCACCUCCUGUCAUCCGAAUCCGUCCGGCACAACAAGAACCACAUCCUCAGCGACGCCGCCGCCGCCGGCAACCGCUCCGUGGGCGGCGCCGGCGGCGGGUGCGGCCACGGCGACGGCGGCCACGGCAAGCCCGCCGGCUCGCUCUGGUCGCAGAUCCAGACGACGAACCAUGAGACGCACGAGAGCGCGAGCGCCGCCGUGGCGCCGCCGCCCAUGCACGGCCAGGCGGCGAGCUACUUCGCGGCCAGCGCGUCGCCAGGGCAACCUCGGCCCGGGUCGUCGUCCGGCGGCGCGGCGGCGAGCUACUACGCCGCCAGCGCGUCGCCUCCGUCGCAGUCGCCGGCCUAUGGCGGUGGCCCUUAUCCCCAGGCGUAUCCCGGGCAGGGCGGCGUGUACGGACAGCACGCGCACCACGCGCAGCACGCGCACCCGCCCGCGCACGGCGGCCAUUACCCGGGCCAUCACCAGGGCCAGCAGCCGCCGCACUAUGGCGGAGGAUAUGGGGCGCCGCCGGCCCCGUGGGGGCAGUAUCCGCGGUACUGAGGGAAUGUGGACUAGCAAGAGGCUGGAGAGGAGUGCAAGUGGAAAGCUACCUAGAGAGCUGAUUGCGCGGUAUACCUUCCUGUCUAAAUCUCAGACCUCGCCCCCCAAGACGGACGCCCGUCGUUGCAUUUUUGGUGUUCUGCCGCCUUCUCUAUUUUCACUUUCUGGUUGAUGAUGAUGAUGAUACAAGUGGAAGAAUCUGAAAAUAAAGUCUAACUAGGUAGUCCAGAGUAGAUGGAAUGCGUUUAGCCAACCAGGCUGCUCCCCG